AUGACUCGAGAACGUAUUACUGAUGCAGAAUUAUGUAAAGUAUUGCAAGAAAGUGAUUGUGAAGAUCUUGUGGAGGAAUUGGAAGAGUCUGGAUUGUAUGGUGAGUCGAGCGUAGUAGCAUUAAAUGAUGAUGAAACCAUAGAGAACAUCCCGGAAUUCAUACAUAUAAAUAAUUCUGAGCAAAUUGGAGCAAGGCAGACUGAUGUUUCGUACCUACAAUCCACAAAAAAGUAA